GCUGUUGACUAUAUCCGGGUCACUGUCGUUCAGCGGCCACACAUCAUGGCGGCCCGCUUCGCCCUCACCUCCACGGCGCUCCGCAGGGCGCUGCACGGAGCGCUGGGUCUGCACUGCCGGGCACAGGGAGCUCCUGUCGGGCUCAGGUUCGUUUGUAGCGCUGCUCCAGAAGAAAAGAAAUCAGGAAUAAUAGAGUCUACGGAGGAAUACAGCUUCGUGGAGCGGCUCAUCCCGCCGUCACGGGUCCCUGCUCCGCCGAAACACGCCGGUCCCACCCCGUCUGGAUGGACCCCUGCAGCGGACUCACCGCCGCCUCUGCCCUACAUGAUCCGCCGCUCCCGAAUGCACAACAUCCCGGUGUACACCGACCUGACCAACAGCAACCGCAGGACCACGCUCGUACGCAAAGUGGAGGGGGACAUUUGGGCUCUGGAGAAGGACGUGAAGCAGUAUCUGAAGACGGUGACGGGGAAGGAGCUGCCCACACAGGUCAACGAGGUCACCAAGACCCUGAGGGUCAAAGGCCACUUCGAUAAGGAGCUGAAGGAAUGGUUGGCCGGGAAAGGCUUCUGAGCCCCGGGGGUGAAGAGGCGGCGGCGGGACCGUCACAGACCGAGCUCAUGGAGACAUGGAGGACACUCAGUGUCUGCUGUCUACACUGUGGUACUGUCACUGUGCUGUAGCACCAUGUGGAAGAGGUUUGAUCCCAGACACUUCAGUGAACUCUUCCCCACCAGAGAGACGUUGAAGCUGUUUAAUGCUGAACAUACUUGUAUGUAUGAAUGAACACAUACUGUAUGAAUGUAAAUAAAUGUCAAAGCUAAACCCAC